AGUUCGGCUCGUUGACAGCCCAGCGGCUCAGCCCUAUCCCAGUUCCGUUCCGUGACCGUCCGUGCUGACCUCCGGCCUCCGGGCACUGGCGCACCGGCACCGCACAGGCUCUCUCCGACUCUCCGCCCCCGCCAUGGCCAUGGCCACGACCGCGGCGGCCGCCUGGCUCCCGUCGACCGCCUCCCGCCAGAGAGUCUUAGCCUCUCCGCUCCCUCCGUUCGCGGCCCCUAUCUGCAUCCACAUGCCACGGCAGGCGCCGCCUCCUAGUACCAUCCCCCACAAGCCGCGCCUCGUCGCCGCCUCUGCGCAGUUCGAUUUCUCCAGAGCUGUUCAAACAGCAUGGAGGGUUGGUAACGAUGCUGUGGAGGCAGGAAGUAAUCUUGUCCCAGGUUCAGUUCCACGACCAAUUGCUAGGAUAGGUGUUACCUUUGCCGCUAUGGCAGUGGCCCUUUUCCUUGUUAAAUCCGUUGUGUCCACUGCAUUAUUUGUUCUGGCAAUGAUGGGCCUCAUAUAUCUCGGCUUCCUGGCUAUGAACCCAAAGGAGGCCUCCAGCUCUAGGUUGGAUGAAGCAAUGGGCGACCCAUCGGAAGACCCUGUCGAAGAGGCCCGAAGGAUAAUGGAGAAAUACAAGUAAUGAACCUGUGCGAAGGUGUUGUACUCUCAGAGUUAUAAUUUGUCUGUAGAGUUUCGUUGCGUUAGGGAUGUAUGGGUGGAUCUGAUUUUAGCACACUACACCCAGUGAUUUGAUACAUGUAAACAUAUAGUUGCACGGUUGAAAUCGGUCUUUAGGACCAAAUGAAUCCUGCAAAUCAACAAGAGGCUAACAACAAUUUCAUUCUUAUA